CGAUCAAGCGCCUUCCACAUGCUGUUAGUCAGUCCAUCCUCCCUUGCUGCUGUCACAGCUACGGAUAAAACCUUCAUUUUCUUGAGGCGAGAACUCCCGCCUUGGACUCUCGGCGUGAACGUCGUCCCUACUUUGAAAAUCCCGGAAGAAAAGUUUCACCCAUGGCUGUGAUCAGGUUCUACGGUGAUGAGGUGAAGGGGCGGAGCAUCCAGCGGGCGGCCAAGCUCUUCCCCCAGCUGUCAAUCACCACUGAGCUUUGCUACAACGUAGAGCUGACGGGCCGCGACAGUCUCAGCGCAGAACACAAGGAGGUUCUUCUCUGGCUGUUCCGACCCCCACUGCAGGCAGAACCGCUCUCUGAAACCACAAAACUCAAAGAAGCUGACGGCACCAAAUUGGUGGAGAUUGGACCAAGGCUGAACUUCUCCACAGCGUGGUCCACCAACGCUGUGUCCAUCUGCCAGAGUGCCGGUCUCAAGGAUGUGACACGAGUAGAGCUGUCUCGAAGGUUUCUUAUCAAGCCGAAGGACGCCACCAGCAUGGGCAACGUGAAGAAGCUGAUUAGCUUCCUGCACGACAGCAUGACCGAGUGCAUCUAUGAACGACCCAUCUCCUCCUUUGCCGUGGAGGUUAAACCGCAGCCCGUCUUUGAGGUGGACAUCCUGGGAAAAGGGCGGGAAGCGUUGGAAAAGGCCAACGACGAGCUGGGUCUGGCCUUUGACUCCUGGGAUCUGGACUUCUACACCUCCAUGUUCCAGAGGAUUCAAAGGAAUCCCACCAGUGUGGAAUGUUUUGAUCUGGCCCAGUCCAACAGCGAGCACAGUCGUCACUGGUUCUUUCGUGGCCGUGUGGUGAUCGACGGCCAGGAGCAAGAGGAGACCCUCUUCAGGCUCAUCAUGGACACGCAGAAGCACAGCAACCAGAACAACGUCAUCAAGUUCAGCGACAACAGCAGUGGUAUCAAAGGACUGGAGCUGGAGUUCAUCUACCCCAAAGAUACAUCCCAAGCCAGUCCUUAUGAGACACGUCGCUCUCUCCGACAUGUCAUCUUCACUGCAGAGACGCACAACUUCCCAACAGGGGUCGCUCCGUUCAGCGGCGCUACCACGGGAACCGGGGGCCGCAUCCGUGAUGUCCAGAGUGCGGGGCGAGGAGGCCACGUCAUCGCUGGCACCGCAGGAUACUGCUUUGGCAACCUGCACAUACCAGGUUAUGUCCUCCCCUGGGAGUGUGAAGGAGACGGUUGGGAGUACCCCACCAGCUUCGCACCCCCGCUGCAGGUGGCCAUUGAGGCCAGCGAUGGCGCCUCCGAUUACGGCAACAAGUUUGGUGAACCUGUGCUAUCAGGAUUUGCCCGUUCUUUUGGCAUGCGGCUGCCCAGCGGGGAGCGGCGAGAGUGGAUCAAGCCCAUCAUGUUCAGUGGUGGUCUCGGCUCCAUUGAGGAUGCACACGUGAAGAAAGAGCUGCCGGAGACUGGGAUGGAAGUGGUGAAGAUCGGAGGCCCCGUGUACAGAAUCGGCGUGGGAGGAGGAGCAGCUUCCUCUGUUCAAGUGCAAGGUGACAACUCCAGCGACCGAGACCUGGGCGCCGUGCAGAGAGGAGACGCCGAGAUGGAGCAGAAGAUGAAUCGGGCGCUGAGGGCGUGCCUGGAACGAAGCGACGGAAACCCCAUCUGCAGCAUACAUGACCAGGGAGCCGGAGGCAACGGCAAUGUUCUGAAGGAGCUGAGCGAGCCUGCUGGGGCUGUGAUCUACUGCAGCAGGUUCCAGAAAGGCGACCCCACACUGAGCGUGCUGGAGCUGUGGGGGGCGGAAUAUCAGGAGAGCAACGCCCUGCUGCUCGGCCCGGCAGACAGGUCCUUCCUGGAGAGGGUGUGUCAGCGGGAGAAAUGUCCCGUGGAUUUUGUGGGGAACAUCACCGGCGACGGCAGGAUCGUGCUGGUUGACGACCAAGAUAAAGGUCACGACCAGGCCAGCAGAGAGCGCCAUCCUGUGGACCUGCAGCUGGAGUGGGUCCUGGGAAAGAUGCCCCAGAAGGAGUUCAAGAUGGAGCGGUUGGCGCCGACCCAUCGACCCCUGGUUCUUCCUGCCGGGCUGACGGUCAAAGACGCCCUUGAGAGAGUGUUACGUUUGCCUGCUGUGGCAUCCAAACGUUAUCUGACCAACAAGGUGGAUAGGUCCGUGACGGGUUUGAUCGCCCAGCAGCAGUGUGUCGGCCCUCUUCACACGCCUUUAGCAGACGUGGCCGUCGUCGCCCUGUCGCCGUUCAGCCUCGAGGGCGCGGCCACCGCCAUCGGUGAGCAGCCGAUCAAAGCGCUUGUGAGUCCGGCAGCGGGAGCUCGCAUGGCCGUUGGUGAAGCUCUGACCAACCUGGUGUUUGCCCGGGUGACAGCAUUAAAGGACGUGAAGUGCAGCGGCAACUGGAUGUGGGCCGCCAAGCUGCCUGGCGAGGGGGCGUGUCUCUGGGAGUCCUGCAAGGCCAUGUGUAAGGUCAUGGGUCAGCUGGGGGUGGCCAUCGACGGGGGCAAGGACUCGCUGAGUAUGGCCGCUCGAGUGGGGAAGGAGACUGUCAAAGCUCCAGGAGCUCUGGUUAUCUCCGCGUAUGCUGUGUGUCCAGACAUCAGUGCCACUGUCACACCUGAUCUGGAGGAUCCAGAUGGCAAAGGCGUCUUGCUGUGGGUUCCCAUCAGUCCUGGCCAACACCGCCUGGGAGGUUCUGCUCUGGCACAGUGCUACGGCCAGCUGGGUGACUGCUCUCCUGACCUGGACCAGCCACAACUUUUGUCCGCCUGCUUCAGCACCACUCAGACGCUGAUAAAGGAUCAGCUGCUGAGCGCAGGGCACGACGUCAGCGAUGGAGGCCUCAUUUCCUGCCUGCUGGAGAUGGCCUUCGCAGGGAACCGCGGAAUCGACGUGGACUUGUCAUCACAAGGAGCCCAGGGAGUCAUGGAGCUGCUCUUCAGCGAAGAGUUGGCUCUGGUCCUAGAGACAUCCCAGUCCCAUGAAGAAAGCGUGUGCCGGCGAUUCCGUGACGCCGGCGUGCCGUGUCAUCGCAUUGGCAGAACCUGCGGCUUCGGUCCAGAAGCCACGGUGACGCUGCGAGUAGACGGACAGGAAGUGCUCAGCCAACGCUUGCCCUGCCUCCGAGCCUGGUGGGAGGAGACCAGUUUCCGGCUGGAGCGCCUGCAAGCCAAUGAGCUCUGUGUUCAGCAGGAAGAGGAGGGGCUAGCCGGGAGGACGCAGCCUCGCUUUAAAGUGACCUUUGACCCCUCCGAAGUGCCCAUCUGCAAACAGCCUGCAGCAGGACGUCCUCGUGCGGCCGUGGUGAGAGAGGAAGGCAGCAAUGGCGACCGAGAGAUGGCCGUCUCUCUCCACAUGGCGGGCUUUGAGGUGUGGGACGUCACCAUGCAGGACCUCGGCUCCGCCUCCGUCACCCUGGAGCCCUUCAAAGCCGUGGUGUUCGUGGGAGGGUUCAGCUACGCCGACGUGCUGGGCUCCGCCAAAGGCUGGGCCGCCACCGUGGCCUACAACGCCACCGCCAAAGCAGAGUUCCGCCGCUUCCGACAGAGGGCGGACACGCUGAGUCUGGGCGUGUGCAACGGCUGCCAGCUGCUCGCCCUGCUGGGCUGGGUGGGCGAGGGCCAGGGUGGCACCGCGCCAGAGGUGGUGCUGACCCACAACAAGUCGGGCAGGUUCGAGUCGCGCUUCGUGACUGUGGGAAUCCAAGCGUCGCCGUCCGUGUGGCUCGCCGGCAUGGAGGGCUCGGCUCUGGGAGUGUGGGUCGCUCACGGAGAAGGCCUUAUGCAAUUCCGCAGCGCUCAAGCCCUGGAUGACAUCGCCUCCGGAAGCCUGGCGCCCAUCCGUUACCUGGACGACGGGGGUCAGCCCACCGAGGAGUACCCCCUGAACCCCAACGGCUCCCCGCGGGGCAUCGCUGGCCUCACCUCCAAGGAUGGCCGACACCUGGCCAUGAUGCCCCACCCGGAGCGCUGCACGCUGGGCUGGCAGUGGCCGUGGGCCCCGCGGGACUUUAGAGGCGCUCUCAAACAAGCCUCGCCGUGGCUCCGCCUCUUCCGCAACGCCUCCGCCUGGUGCAGCGACACACGCUAAGAACAUCUUGAUUUUUAUGCUCCAUUUUACUGCUGUACUUUUUUGACGUUUUGUGCGUCUUAAUUCGGUGAGGAAAAGCAAUCAUGAUUUAAUAAAACAAUUUGAACAUUA